AUGCGCGCAAUUGUGAAACAUAAACUGAGAUCCAAGCUCAAGCCCGCCACUAAAGCUGCUGAUGCGACUCAACAACCUCCUCAAAUUGCAGAGGCGGGGCCCAGCAGUACCACCACAAACAAGAGAAAGAUCUGGCCUGCUGAAGAUUCGAACCAGCCACCAGAAGAUGUUGAAGCAGGUCCCAGAAACCGUCCUGCGAAGCGGACAAAGACCCACUCAGAUCGAGAGAUGCACCCGCCACCCGUGAUUGUCGAGGCCAAACCUCCCAACUCGCCAAGCCCGAUGAAGACUCGCUCAGGUCGAAUAGUGGGCGCGCCCGCAGAGAAACCCGCGCACAUACAAUCUGCGACUGCGCGUCGUGGCCGUGGUCGACCUCGGAAGGAGAAAGCCGCUCAAGCACGAGACACUAAUGACGUCUCCACUGCGACGACUGGCCCCAGGGCCCCAACCUCGAAGGCCGUGCUUCCGCCAUCCACACCUCCCAAGGCCGCCUCGUCGACGUCUGUGGCCCUGCCCGAGCCCAAUACCGCGACAGAAGACGUCCGACAUAUAGCACCUCGGUUCAGGAGGCCAAGGCCCAGGGGGGGUGCGCCGUCAGCGGCACCACGUCACGCGCCGGAAGUCGCACCACAAGUCACAAUGCAACCACCAACACAAGUCGCAGUGCAACCACCAACACAAGCUGCACCACAGCCUGCACCACAAGCUGGCCCCCACAUAGCACCCAUGCUCGGGAGGCCGAUUGUCAGGGCCUUGCCACCGCCUAGGAACAUUGGUGGCCACACUCCUACCCCUCUGCCAGUUGCUGGUUCCUCUCGAUUGCGAAGGACCGAAUCAUUUACUAUGUUGGAUGUCGGUCCUGCCCCCAUUUCGCAGCCCCAAGCAGUGGCCCCUUCCCAUUCCACGGUCGUCAACGCCUCUAAGGCGCGGCCACCGCAGAUGCAUGCAAAUUCUAACGCGUUGACUCAGGGCAUGGCUAUUCUUCCGCAAGUUAGCCCACCCUCUCCACCGCAGAAGCCAAUGAGGCAUCUCGCGGUUGAUGCUUCGGAUACCUCGAAUCCCUCAGUGCAGAUCUAUAAUGCUCUGAUGAGGGCGGAUAAGAAAAAAGAGGAUCGCGUGCAGCAGGAGACCAAGACGAGCGUGGGCCCUGUGCCCCCUUCACAACAGGACGGUCGUACCGUCCAACCACCGGCCCUUCCGGUCCCUAGUCCGUUAGCAUCUUACAAAGGGAAGGGACGCGCAGACGAUGUAGGUAUCAGAGCUCGCGGUGCGUCGCUCCCUCCCGCCGACCGUGCAGUUGAAGAAGAUGAUGGGAAGGGGGAGAAGCGUCGUCGAGAAUCAGAAGAAGACGAGGCAGAUGCUGGUGCGCAACGUGGAGCUCCUAGACCUCGUACAGAGCUGUUCCAAGGCGUCACUCGGACUGGUCCAUUCAAGCUGGUUCUGACGGUGAAAAGGCCGGCACAAUCUGAGAGGGUGGAUGUCUGCGGCUAG